GCUGUGGCAUUGCAGUGUCUCCUUCACUUCGCCCUCCAGCUGGAGAGAUUUACUGCGGCGGUGCGGCGCCUCAAACAGCCGGAAAAUACAGCCCAAGUCCUAGUUUACCGCUCCAUUUUUGACAGGUAUAAUGGCUGUCCCUCCAUCAUAUGGUGACCUCGGCAAAUCUGCCAAGGACAUCUUCAACAAAGGAUAUGGUUUUGGUCUGGUGAAACUUGAUGUGAAGACCAAGUCUGCUAGUGGAGUGGAAUUCAAAACCUCUGGUUCCUCCAACACUGACACCAGCAAAGUCAGUGGAAGCCUGGAAACCAAAUACAAGUGGUCUGAGUACGGGCUGACCUUUACGGAGAAGUGGAAUACGGACAACACCCUCGGAACAGAAAUAACUAUUGAAGACCAGAUUGCCAAAGGCUUGAAGCUGACAUUUGAUACAACAUUUUCACCAAACACUGGGAAGAAGAGUGGGAAGGUCAAGACAGCCUACAAGCGUGAAUAUGUCAACCUGGGCUGUGAUGUUGACUUUGACUUUGCUGGCCCAGCCAUUCAUGGAUCAGCAGUUGUUGGCUAUGAAGGGUGGCUUGCUGGCUACCAGAUGACCUUCGAAACAGCCAAGUCCAAAAUGACUCAGAACAACUUUGCAGUUGGCUACAAGACUGGUGAUUUCCAACUGCACACCAAUGUUAACGAUGGAUCUGAGUUUGGAGGAUCCAUUUACCAGAAAGUGAGUGACAAACUGGAAACGUCUGUCAACCUGGCAUGGACUGCAGGCAGCAACAGCACACGCUUUGGCAUUGCCGCCAAGUACCAGCUGGACUCCAGUGCAUCCAUCUCGGCUAAAGUGAAUAAUGCCAGUCUGGUGGGAGUUGGCUACAGUCAAACCCUGCGACCAGGUGUGAAGCUCAUCUUGUCUGCUUUGGUUGAUGGGAAGAGCAUCAAUGCUGGUGGCCACAAGCUGGGACUGGGUUUGGAGCUGGAGGCUUAAGGGACCUCCCUAUAGCGUCAGAGAUGAAGGAAUAUCAGAAGAAUUUGGCCUUAAAUGUUAUUUCCAACUCAACCAGCAGGGGAAUUCUCAAAGGGAUAUGUUUGAAGCAACAAGAUACCCGAUCCUGUAAUACUAUUAGAUGGUUGCCUGUCAGCUGGCAUCCAUACAUUUGGUUUGUAGUUAUUAAAGAUGCUUGUAGUAGGUCAGUUAUUUAUACAUUUCAAUGUAUCCAACACUCUGUGCGCUGCCAUCAAUGAAAUACACCUUUCUCAAAAGUGGACAUUUGUGAAUGUUUUGCUUUUAUUUUACAAUGUUUGGUUGGUCAGACAUCAGUGGUGGUUGUGGAGUGGGGCAUGGCUGCUUUCUGAUUUACUACAGUGUUGUUAAUAACAUGAUAUUCCUAAGUUCUCUGAACGUAGAAUGUAAACCUCCAACAUGUUAUCCAGUACUCCAGCAGACACCUUUUAUUUAAAUAUUGUCGUACCUCUCUUCUCAUUCACACAUGGGGCAUGCUUUCGCAGUUUUGUUCUUUAUGCUUUGCCAGCCAUCAGGACUACUGGAAAUUAAAAGGAAGUGAAACCUACAGAUGAAAACCUCCCUUAAGCUGAGCAGUUUUUGGGUGGUUACUAUUCAUAUUAUGAGGAGUAGCUUCCCUGCUGUGAGAAUCAGUAAGUUGUAGACCAGCGUAUUUGGAGAGACUGGCCGGUUUUAUUUUCUACCUUGCAGGUGAAAAUGGUAAUGAAAGUACACAGUACUGCCAAAGUGGAAUUUCUAGAAUUGCUUAAAAUGGAAUUCAGUACUAAAGCUGUCAGUGCCCCCCACCAUGUUAUUGACUGGCUAAGACAUUGCUGAUGAGAAACCUCAGAAGUCCUCUUGUGUAUGUUAAAACUUUUCAAUAAAGUCUUUGAACUCGAGAAAG